GUCCCGGAUGUACGCGCAACCAUGAAGAUGACGGGAGAAAACAGUGCUGGAAAGGCGGAAACAACAAUGGAUGAUGUAAAAAACCUCGUUAAAACGAAAGAUGAAAUUGAAGAACAGAUAAAGGCUUAUUACGACGUGUUGGAAGACCAAGGGGUCGGAGUAGAAGGUGUCCUGGUGGACGCAGAGGGCUUCCCCCGAGCAGAUGUUAAUGUCUACCAGAUCAGGACAGCGAGACACAGUAUUUCAUGCCUGCAGAACGAUCACAAGGCCAUCAUGGAGGAGAUAGAAGAAGCCCUACACAGGCUGCAUGCUCGGGAGAAGGCCAAGCGGGAACAGGAUGGUGCUGGACACCAGGAGGAGGCGACGGAGGAGGCGAUGGAGCAACAGGUCACUCUUCCACCUCCCUUUGCACGGGUGGAUGCUGUGACACAAGGCUCACCGGCCUGUGGAGCUGGCGUCCGGGUUGGUGAUGAAGUCAUCGAGUUUGGUUCUGUGAACACGGAGAACUUUCAGAACCUCCAGAAUAUUGCUUCUGUGGUUCAACACAGUGAAGGUAAGCCAUUACGCGUCACAGUCAUCCGGGACGGCCAGAAAGCUCAGAUGAGCCUGACUCCACAGCGAUGGUCAGGCAGAGGUCUGCUGGGAUGCAACAUUGUUCCAAUCCAGCAAUGAUCAACAUGACAUUAUGCAGAAUUUCAAUUGUGAACCCCUUCCUCGUCUCAUGUGACCCCUGGAUGCUUUCAAGCUGACUUUGUACACACUGCAGACAUUUCUCACCCGUUUAAUUUCUCUAUAUUUUAAACUGGUACUAUUUUCUUUAUAGAAGGGCAGACUUCAGAAUGGUGUAGAUGAAAAUAAAGUGUCACUAUUGAAGAGGCCAUGCUGAGUUUAUUGAAUAACAGCUGAAUAAGCAAUGCUACAUUCAACUACACCGAUUCAAAUCUUGUAUGUUCGAACAAUUAAAUGUUUCUCUCGGGAGCAUGCUUUCACUCA